UGGGCAACAUUGAAUCAUUGCUGGGGUCCAAAUCCGACCUUUGUCAGGUUGACAGAGAGCAACGUCAAUGCAUUUCGAGCCAACCUAUCACUUGAUAUAUUGCCGCCAACAUGUCGAGAUGCAGUAACCUUCUGUCAGAGCCUCGGACUUGAGUUCCUUUGGAUUGACAGCUUAUGCAUACUGCAAGAGGGUUACAGCAGUAACGAUGAUUGGCUCCUCCAUAGCAAGGCCAUGUGCAGGAUCUAUUCAAUCACACUGGUAAAAAUUGCA